AUGCAUUCAGGAGAAUGCCUGGCAGAAGCUGCAGCAGUACACCUCUGCAACAUGACCUGCGACGACUGCAUAUGGCAUCUGACUUUCGACCUGAAAAAGUCCAACCAGACGCUGGACCAGCUAAAAGUUGGAGUGCUGAACAUCUCCACUGGUGCAGCUGCUAACGACAGGCUCAAAUACUAUAACUACACAGCCCACCGACUCCAGAUGGAGUUUCAGAGGUGGAAAAACAAGUCAUCUGUGAUGAAGGCCCAGACUGAUGACCUGGAGUGGGCCACAGAAACUAUGGUGCUGGACAUCAGAGAGCUCGCCGAAUCGGAGUCAGCCCCGGGCCGUUACUCAGGGCUGGUGCUACAUCUGGAACGGUGGGAAAGUGAAGCGGAGCCAGGAGGAGUUGUCCAGCGGGGGGGGAUUGCCGGACAAACGCAAAACAUGUCUUCUGAAAGUCUCCGCGUUCUCUUCAUCCUAUUUUUCGCCCGUCCGGCCUCUGCCCUCAGACCCGGGGACCAGCAGCAAACGUUGCCAAUAGUAUGCAAAAAGGGAUUUUUCCUCAGUGACAGAAACGUCUGUCUACCAUGUAACUGCAGGGGCCACGCUGACUUUUGUGAGGACGUCACUGGUGUUUGUAUAAACUGCAAGGACCACAGUGCGGGCGAUUUCUGUGAAAUGUGUGAGGACGGCUACUUUCUGACCCCCGGUCUGGACGGGCACCAUAGCUGCAAACCCUGCCCCUGCCCCCUCUCCAUCCCGUCCAACAGGUGA